GCGAGGCUCAGUCAGUCCGUGAUCGAUACCUACGUCUUCAAGGUCCGUGUCCUUGAAGGAAGAGAUCAAGUCCCAUCCUCCAAUUUGAAGCUCGAAUCCGUGUACGGCGCCCGCGAGCGCUGAUCUUCGUCCUCCGUUCCUCGAGUGGUGCCAGGAAAUCCGCGACCCCUCUUCCGGCUGUAGGUCACUUCCGGUUCCCUCGACCACCCACCGAUACGAGCUUAGUGACGGUAACGGAAGCGUGGAUAAAACGGUGAGCCCGUACAACGACCACGGAUCGUCGAUCGUGAGCGGGAACGUUCAACGCGACGAGGAUGAGGUCCUCGCUGGUGCUGCUGAUCCUGGCAGCGAUCGUUCUAGCCGAGGGCUCGAAUCGUGUGAAACGACAAGAAGACGCCAAGAAGGAGGACAGCUUCGAAAAUGAGAUCUGCAAGGACAAGGAUGCAGGAGAAUGGUUCAGACUGGUAGCAGGGGAGGGUGACAACUGCCGUGACGUGAUCCAGUGCACCAGUUCCGGUCUCCAGGCUAUCAGGUGUCCCGCAGGAUUGUACUUCGAUAUCGACAAACAGACUUGCGAUUGGAAAGACUCGGUGAACAAUUGCAAACUGAAGAACAAGGAGAGGAAGGCUAAACCUUUGUUGUACACCGAAGAACCACUGUGUCAGGAUGGGUUCCUCGCUUGCGGAGAUGGCUCCUGUAUCGAGAGGGGUCUUUUCUGUAACGGCGAGAAGGAUUGUACCGAUGGAUCCGAUGAGAACAUUUGUGACAUGGACAACGACCCGAACAGAGCACCGCCCUGCGACCCUGUGGUCUGCGUACUUCCCGAUUGCUUCUGUUCCGAGGACGGUACCCUGAUUCCCGGUGACCUGCCGGCCAAGGACGUGCCUCAGAUGAUCACGAUCACCUUCGAUGACGCCAUCAACAACAAUAACAUCGGCCUGUACAAGGAGAUCUUCAACGGGAAACGCAAGAGCCCGAACGGUUGCGACAUCAAGGCCACCUUCUUCGUGUCCCACAAGUACACCAACUACUCGGCCGUACAGGAAAUGCACAGGAAGGGACACGAAAUCGCUGUUCACUCCAUCUCUCACAACGACGACGAACGCUUCUGGUCAGACGCCGGCGUCGACGACUGGGCCAAGGAGAUGGCAGGAAUGAGGAUCAUCGCUGAGAAGUUCGCUAAUCUGACGGACAACAGUGUAGUCGGUGUGAGAGCCCCUUACCUCAGGGUCGGUGGUAACAAUCAGUUUACCAUGAUGGAGGAGCAAGCUUUCCUUUACGACUCCACCAUUACUGCGGCCUUGAACAACCCACCACUUUGGCCCUACACCAUGUACUUCAGAAUGCCACAUCGUUGUCACGGCAACCUUCAACACUGCCCAACUAGGUCGCACGCAGUCUGGGAGAUGGUGAUGAACGAGCUGGACCGUCGCGAGGAUCCUCAGAACGACGAGUACCUGCCCGGCUGCGCCAUGGUGGACUCCUGCAGCAACAUCCUGACCGGUGACCAAUUCUACAACUUCCUGAACCACAACUUCGACCGGCAUUACGAGCAGAACCGUGCUCCUCUGGGUCUCUACUUCCACGCGGCGUGGCUGAAGAACAACCCCGAGUUCCUGGACGCGUUCCUCUACUGGAUCGACGAGAUUCUGGCAAACCACAAUGACGUGUAUUUCGUGACGAUGACCCAGGUGAUCCAGUGGAUCCAGAACCCGCGCACGGUCACGGAGUCGAAGAACUUCGAGCCGUGGAGGGAGAAGUGCGUGGUCGACGGACCUCCUGCCUGUUGGGUGCCACACACUUGCAAGCUCACCUCGAAAGAGGUACCCGGAGAGACCAUAAAUCUGCAGACCUGCGUACGCUGCCCCAAUAAUUACCCAUGGGUGAACGAUCCAACCGGUGACGGCUUCUUCUAGGCCUACCGUGUCGCGUUCCUCCUUCUCGUCUAAGUCAAACACUCUGAUCUUGAUCUUCCUGCAACCCUACCCCUCUUUGCUCGUCCUGCCAUUGGUCGAUCAUCCUUCACGAGUUUCACGGUGGACGUGGGGUCGUCGACGACGUUUUCGGGCGUGGGACGAGGUCCAUCGAGAGACGUACACGCUUCUCUCGUGUCUCGAGGGCUGGAGGAUCGAGAACGGUGUAAAAAAUGACGCGAUCAUCGAUCAUCCUUAUCCCGGACCUGUCCACGCACGAAAACCGUCCAUCACGUCACCAGCGAUCUGUGAUAAAGUUUCUUUGCGCCUCGAGAUUCAGCGACCAGGACGAACACGACGACAAACGACGAGACAGUGAAACAAUCCCCCUCCCCUCUCUUAUCUUUAAGACUCGAUGACGAUCGAGCGACUUCUCGCUGGCCUUAUAAAACCCCUACGAAAAGAAACGACGACACGGGAUCGCAGCUAAGGAUGGCCCGAAUUUGUGUAAUAUAGAAACGCGUGUCCCUUACGUGUUCCCGAAGGAUCCUUGCUGUUCGAGGGGACACUAAUUUAGCUGGAAGAUCGGACCGGUGUCCUGUAACCACGGGAUAUAUCGAUGAUCCCUCAGCGAUCGCCAAAACUAUUCCCUCCCUACCCCUCGAUCGGCGGACACCCUUAUUUUUCUAAGGGUCAGCUGAACUUAUAUAUAUAUAUAUAAAUAUUGUGUAUGUAUAUUUUUAAAGCUAAGUGAUAAUAUCAAUUUACUGUUCUCGAGCCUUUAAUAAAAGAGAAACCAGCGAAA